CGCUCCCUCUCUUUCUCACCCUCCCCGCUUACAAGGAGCGCAUCUCUCUCUCUCUCCUCCCCUAAACCCCACCGCACGUUUCCUCCUCCCGGUGCGGGCGGCGGAGCUGAUGAGAUCCCGGCCAUGGCGGGCCCCACCUCGCGGCUCCUCCUCCUCGCUCGCUGCGCCGACCGCCGCGGCCUCCCCCACCUCCUCCCCCGCGCCGUCCAAGCCGCGGCGCCCGCUCCUGCUCUGCCCGCCUCGCCACUGGUGAGGAGCUACUCAAGUGCAUUCACAAGUGUGCACGGAGAGAGACCAUCGUCAGAAUAUGCAAAGAUCAGAAAGGAGUUGCUGGAAAGCCAGUUUGGAAGAAUCCUGGGGUCAAGUUCACGUAUGCUCUUUGCUGACCGUGGAUUUGGUCCGUUCCUUGCGCUGUACAGGGCAGCUACUAUCUCUUUUCAUGUUGUGAAGCUCACUAUUUGGCAUUUAUUGCUCGAUGACAUGCAUAAAAGGGCUGAGAAGUUCCGAGAGACCUUGAUACGCUUGGGUCCUUUUUACAUCAAGCUUGGACAGGCAUUGAGCACGCGACCUGAUAUAUUGCCCAGUGCGUACUGUCAGGAGCUUGCGAAGCUGCAGGAUCAAAUACCACCGUUUCCUACUCGCAUUGCACUCAGGACCAUCGAGUCUCAAUUGGGUUCUCGUAUUUCUGAUCUAUUUGCUGAUAUUAGCCCAGAGCCAGUUGCAGCAGCAUCUCUGGGGCAAGUGUACAAAGCUCAUCUACACUCUGGAGAGCUUGUUGCAGUAAAAGUUCAGAGGCCUGGAAUGGCGCCCUUGCUGACUCUAGAUGCGCUUUUGUUCCACAUGAUCGGAGGACAAUUAAAACGAUUUGCUAAGGCUCGCAAAGAUCUAUUGGUAGCAGUUAAUGAGAUUGUUAGGCACAUGUUUGAUGAGAUUGACUAUAUUUUAGAAGGAAAAAAUGCGGAAAGAUUUGCUACACUUUAUACUCAUGGUUCAGGUGAGGAUAAUUCUGAAGUCGCUAUCAAGGCCCCUAAAGUCUACUGGAAUUAUACACGUAAAUCUAUAUUAACGCUGGAAUGGAUUGAUGGAAUUAAGCUAACCGAUGCUGAACGCAUCAGCAAAGCCAACCUGAACAGAAAAAGGAUGAUUGAUGAGGGCCUCUAUUGCUCAUUGAGGCAACUUCUCGAAGAAGGCUUUUUCCAUGCAGACCCCCAUCCCGGCAACCUGGUUGCAACUGAGGGUGGCUCUUUAGCUUAUUUUGACUUUGGGAUGAUGGGAGAUAUACCAAGGCACUACCGUGUUGGGCUUAUACAAAUGCUUGUACAUUAUGUUAAUCGUGACUCCUUGGGGUUGGCGAACGACUUCCAUUCACUAGGAUUCAUCCCUGAGGGAACAGACCUCCAUGGAGUUGCUGAUGCAUUGAGGGUUUCCUUUGGUGAUAUCAGGAGGCAAUCAAAUGACUUUCAGGGUGUAAUGAACCAUCUGUACGAUGUCAUGUAUGAGUUUAAUUUCUCUCUUCCUCCUGAUUAUGCACUCGUGAUAAGAGCACUGGGUUCUCUAGAAGGGACUGCAAAAGCGCUGGAUCCUGAUUUUAAAGUUAUUGAGAGUGCAUACCCAUUUGUCAUUGGGAGGCUCCUUGCGGACCCCAGCCCCGAUAUGAGGAAAAUAUUGAGGGAGCUUCUGAUACGCGAUGAUGGAUCUAUCAGAUGGAAUCGGCUGGAGCGGCUGAUUGCAGCUAUAUCUGAACAGUCCUCAGAAUCUUCAAACAGAUCUGGAGAUGGCUUUGGUGAGAAUGCCAGUGGAAGUUCUAGGUGGAGAUCAUUUGAUAUGCAUUCUGUCGUUGCAGCUACAGAAGACCUUUUUCACUUCAUUUUAUCGAGGAAAGGAUGGAGGGUACGUGUUUUCCUUGUCCAGGACAUUGUUAAAGCUUCAGACGCGUUCCUACAAGAAGCAACAUUUCCAUAUAUAUUUGACAAGGAGGGAAAGACGGGGGAGCUAAAUCCAGAGAGAAGUAAGAUGAUCAGGAGGCUGGUGAAUGGUGUCCAAUCGUUCCGUCAGGCUAUCAAUUUGGCUCCAGAUGCUUGGUCUGCCAUGUUAAUCCGUACCUUGCUGAAGCCCGAAUCACAAAAUUUUGUGCUUGAUGUAUUUUUGGCCCUCGCAAGCCAUUCCAGUUACAAGAUUCCAGAAACAUUCUGGCUUUGUAUGUCGAGAUAUCUGAAUUACAUAGACAAGCGAGAUAUGCUAUAGUAAGAGUUGAUAUAUAGUAUUUGUUUUCUUUUCUAUGACUAGCUGCGCAUGUUUCAGUUUUCUCAUUUCGUAUUGAAGAUGCAAUAAAUCUUUUCGUGCGCUGAGAAUCAGAGCAUUUGUUUAUGAUGAUCA